AUGAAGCCACUCGCGUUAACCUUUACCGCCUCUCCGUCGCCAAUAACCACCGCCUCUCUCUCUCCCUCGCAUCUCUCUCUCACCGUUGGAUCUCUCUCUGCUAGAAUUCUGGGGAUUUGGAAGAUCGGAUUCUGGAAACCGCGGAGGACAUCGGUGGUCCCGUCGAUAAAGCAAAGAGAUUGGAGACUAAAUGAAGAUGGUUCAAAAUUCGCUGGAAGCAAUGUUGCAUCAACCGUGAGAAUCGGGACCAAGGUUGCUGCUGCUCAACGUCUCAACUUCCAAGCUUCCAUGAGAGUUAGUAUAAGUUGCUGGUGGAUUUUUGUGUACUUCUCUAAUUUCUGUGGAGCUGAAAAGGUUGCAGAUGCUCUGAAGCAAAACCGUUCAAUUGCAACUAUUGACAUGGUGAGAAUAACCAUCUUCUUCUCCAUUUUCCCCAAGUGGUUUGGAGAUGCGGAGAAGCUCACAAAAGCUCUCUUCUCCUUUGCAAGCAAAACCGUCCAUUGGCUUCUAUUUAAAGUAGACAAGGGAAAGAGGAAAGCAUUGAACGCUAAAGAGUUCACAGGUGUGAUGCAAGACAUAGAGGUGGGGGUCAACAUAGAAAAGUUGAAGCCAGCUUUGGCGACUAGAUGGUAG